UGUUAGCUUUCUCGAUUGGUACCGCGCAUGCGGCGUUUGUAUCAAAAUGUUUACUACAUGUGCGCUUCUGUUUUGUUUUUUGGAUUUUGGCACAGCUAGAGCUCAUCAAAUAGAAGUAGAUUUAAACAGAAUACAUCAACUACCUAAUGAAUUAUCACCGACUUAUACGUCAAUAAAUUAUAACCAUAGCCGCAGAUCCAUUAUGAAUAAAGAUAAUGACGCCUAUGACUACAAUUAUAAUAGGCACAAUAAAUGGCAGAAACCACCACCAAUGCAUAUUUUGCAAACAACAAAAUCAGAAAGUGAACAACCAAGAGAAGAUCCGAAGCUCUUUUAUCAGUCUGAAUCUUACUUACGGGAAAUUCAAGGUCGCAACACGAAUAACGAAGUGGCCUCGAUAUACCCAGGACGAGAAGUUGUUAGAGCUAAUGAAGAAUAUGCACGACCUAUACGUAUGAAAAAAAUGACUAAAAGUUUAUCUGGAGAUCGGGAUUUCUGUGUGAGAUGCCCACAUGAUAGAACACUUAUAGCAAAACCUGGCUCAGACCGAGUUGUGUUACAAAGACCCCGCCUUACAUCCUGCACAGGGAGAAUCGUACCGAGACCAAUCCGUUUUGUUCAUAUGUAUGGACCUAAUUUUGGAACUCUGCUACAUAAAGGUUCCCACAUUGUAGUAGGGAAAAUUAUGCAGAACGACAGAAUGCUGCAACUUUGCAAGAUGCAGUUACACGUAAUUUUACAAACGUGUCCAACCCCAAGGGACUUAAUUUCUCGUUGUGAUGACACCUUAUGUAAUUUUACGUGUCGCGAUACUAGGUCUGAGAUGCAAGGUUUAAAUUCGCUAGUUUGUGGUGAAGAUCUUACGUGGCAGGGAAAUCUACCGACAUGCAGAGCACGUAGCUGGUGUAUGCCGCAAAUCCCACCAGAACAUGGUAGAGUAAGUUGUAAAGGAUCUACUGUAAAUGAAAGCGCAGGUUUGGUGGAAGGAUCUAAAUGUAAAAUACGAUGCGCUCUUGGCUGGCGUGCCCCUCGCAACACAGUUUCAGUCUGUCGUCGCGGUAAAUGGACCCAUCAAUUAUAUUGCCAACCGAAACGAAUCAAAAGAUAAAUAUCAUAUUAAAAGAACGAGCAAAAUAAAG